UAGGUGAUGUAGUGUGUGUCAGUGUGCGCAUGGUGGUCUGCGUGAAUGAACAAAUUUAUGAGACCUUCGAAAUUAAUUUAUUUUGCACUAACGAGUAUUUAAGACAGCUUUAUUAAAGAAAAAAAACAACAACUCCACACUCCUGGAAAAAUUAAGACUAUAAUCAUGGUUGCUACAAGCACACUGAAGACCAAAGCCAGCGAAUGUAUUUCGGAAUUGGUAGAAAGAAGAUAUGACCAGGUUUGCAUUGAUAAAGAGUUGGAUUUCUGGGAUAACUGCUUAGCUGAGCCCGAGAGGACUGCAGACAUCACAGAGGACAGAGCCUGUCACAAGCUGGCCAAGAUGUUUGAAAACUGCCUGUCACGGGCCAAGAAGACAACGCUGCACUGCUCCUCUGUGCUUGUACCAGAGAAGCUGACACGGAAGAUAGCUCGCGAAGUCCUGCGUCUAGCGUCUUGUGAGCCCUGUGGGCUGCGUGGUUGUGUCCUCUACAUCCACCUGGAGCUGGACAAGGGCUGCAAGCACCUCGAGCGCAUCACAUAUGACACUACAGUGGUGCCCACAUUUGAACUGACUCUUGUGUUCAAGCAGGAUGGCACCGCUUGGCCCAGCCUACGGGACUUUCUUUUCAUGGGCUCCUGCUUUGCUCCAACUUUGCGACAUGCACUUAAACUGAGCCCAGGUUUCCGGCUUGUCAAGAAAAAAUUGUAUUCCUCCUCGGCUGGUACCGUGAUAGAGGAGUGCUGAGGCAUUUAGAGUUUACAGUAAGAUAGUUGGGUUUCCUAUGGGAAAAUGCACUUUAGCCCAAUUGUGAGAGACACCCCAGUGGUGUCACAUUUUGUACAGUGUUUUUGUACAACAGUUUGUCAGUUCAACUAAUAGCCAGUUGGCUUGGGAUGUAAAGUUAAAAGCUUGUUUGUAAAUUUGAGUGCUUCAUUGUCUCAAACUUUUUUUUUUUUUUUUUUUUUUUUUUUUUUAUUUUUUAAAUCAGCAAAACUCUCAUAUUCUGGAUGUUUAGACUUUUUUUUUCCUCCCCCUGCCUAAGAGCCUUUGUUGCUCAUGCACCACUUUAAAUUGUAAUAUUUGCAAAUGAAUGUAAAACUGUUCACAUUAACAUGUUUGAAAGGGACAUACUGUGGGUACACUUUUUAAGACACCAGCCACUUUGUUGACAUAUCUGCGUGUUUCCAGGUGUAUUGAAUGUUCAGCAGCAGUGAGCACACAGAUGCUUGAAUAGGAUGCUCACAUGUAGUCUAUGGGGGCCAUAUGUAGCUACCUGUGUAAUGCUGUGUUAAAUGCUUUUGAUUAUUUUAAGACUUGUGAAGAUGCUGCUGUCAUGGUGUGGGCUCCUCAAAGUAGGUCAAUAUGGAUGCCUUAAAUGUCACAGAAACAGGUUCUUCACUUGGAUCAUAGUAAUGUCUGUUUUGUGUGAAUGUUUUAUUGCAUUUUUUUAUAUUUAUACCUCUUCCCCCAAAUGCACCUUUUCAAUGCAGAGCCUUUAUAUAAUUAAACGUUUAAUUCACCCAGA